GGCCGGCCCGGCAGGGAGAUGGGGCGACAGCGGGAGGGGCGUGGGGCUAUAUAGGGUGAGGAGCCCGGGACGGACGACCAUGGAGCACAUCUCCACCCCAAAGGUGGAGAAUGUAAAGUUAUUGGACAGAUACACAAACAAGAAACCUGCCAACGGUACCCUGUACCUGACUGCCACCCACCUCAUCUAUGUUGAUGCUGCUUCUGGUGUACGCAAGGAAACCUGGAUUGCCCACCACCACAUUGCCUCUGUUGAGAAACAGCCGCUCAGCACAACCGGUUGUCCAUUAAUCAUUCACUGCAAAAAUUUUCGAGUGGCUCAUUUUGUCAUCCUGCGGGAACGGGAUUGUCACGAGGUGCAUUCUUCACUGCUCAAGCUAUCGCAGCCAGUAAAAUAUGAAGACUUGUACGCCUUCUCCUACAAUCCAAAGUUCGCUCAAGACGAGCGCCUUAUGGAGUGGAAGUUAAUUGACCUGAAACUGGAAUACACGCGGAUGGGGAUCCCCAACACCUAUUGGGUGCUAAGUGACAUCAAUAAAGACUUCAAGGUGUGCAGUACCUACCCAACCUGCCUGGUUGUACCUAAAGAAGCCUCUGAAUCCACAAUUAUUGGAAGCUCAAAGUUCCGGAGCAGGGAGCGGUUUCCCGUGCUAUCGUACUAUUACAAAGACAACAAUGCUGUUAUUUGCAGAUGCAGUCAGCCACUGUCUGGCUUUAGUACUCGCUGUGUGGAGGAUGAGAAGAUGCUUGAGAUAAUCAGCAAAGCCAAUCCUGGCAGCCCCUUCAUGUAUGUUGUAGACACAAGGCCCAAGUUGAAUGCCAUGGCAAACCGAGCAGCAGGGAAGGGCUAUGAAAAUGAAGACCACUAUCCCAACAUCCACUUCCAGUUUAUUGGAAUUGAGAACAUCCAUGUUAUGCGGGGAAGUCUGCAAAAGCUCUUAGAAGCUUGUGAACUUAAAAACCCAUCUAUGAGUAACUUCCUUACAGUCGUGGAAAACUCUGGAUGGCUGCGGCAUAUAAAAGCCGUAAUGGAUGCUUCGGUUUUUCUUGCAAAGGCAGUUAGAGAUGAUAAUGCCAGUGUCCUGGUUCACUGCUCAGACGGUUGGGAUCGUACAGCACAAGUCUGCUCCCUGGCGGCUAUACUUCUAGAUCCAUUUUACAGGACUAUUAAAGGAUUCAUGGUACUUAUUGAAAAAGAAUGGAUUUCUCUAGGACACAAGUUUUCUCAAAGAUGUCAUCAUUUAGAGUUUGACCCAAAAGAAGUGUCUCCUGUGUUCACACAAUUUUUGGAAUGUGUGUGGCACCUUACAGAGCAGUUUCCUUGUGCCUUUGAAUUCAGUGAAAAAUAUCUACUUGAAAUUCAUGAUCACGUCUUCUCCUGCCAGUUUGGAAACUUCAUUGGGAACUCUCAAAAAGAGAGGCAAGAACUUAAAAUUUUUGAAAAUACCCAUUCAUUGUGGCCAUUUCUACUACAACGGAAGCAGGAGUUUGUGAACCCCCUGUAUGUGUCCAGCGCAUAUAAUACACUCCAGCCAAAUACCUUCCCUUUCUGCCUUAAGUUCUGGUGCGGAAUGUACAAUAGAUUUGAAAAGGGAAUGCACCCAAGGCAAUCUGUCCUGGAUCACCUCCUUGAAUGUAUGAACAGGAAGGCAACUUUAAAAACCAAUGAAACUGAUAUGGAGGAUAAGCUUCUCAAACAGAACACCCUUCUUGAAGAUACUUGCACCUUGAAGAAACACUUUGAAGAUGUACCAGCAAUGGAAGAACCGUCUGAUGGGCUGAUUCCAGAAGGGGCAGGAGAAGAAUUUCCUGCCUAUCUUUCCAAUGGCUCUGUGUCAAAUAGGGGUGUGUGUUUACAAAGGGAAAUGAAAGAGGAACAGCAUGGGACCAGUAUCCAUUACCGACCCCACAGGGACUGGUCUGAUAAUAAGGUGUUACCUUCCACUGACAUAAGUGAAAAUAGCAAUAUCAUUGCACCGCAGCAACUACCAUAAGGGAUGGGAAGAACAAAAUGUGCAAAGGGAAGAAUGUAAGGACUAAAGCUCAGACACAGCGAGCCUUCACGAUCAUGCAGGUGCCAUGUAUGCCAUAUACCAGAAGCAUCAGCACGUCAUUGAAGAUUUGACUGAUUUGUCCUUAGUAAUUUAUCUACAGAUGGUCUAAACAGUGGUCAUUUGGGUACUGGGCUGGACUUGCAGAGUAGUGAAUGGAAACCUCAUAUUCUUCAAUGGAUUUUUUUAUAUAGAUCACCUGAAUGUUCUGGUCAGUGUUUUAUGCAGAUCUAUUGCCAGAUGGGUUAAUAUUACCCAUACAGUUGUAGGCCAUUGGUAUGUAAGUGCCAAUAUCUUUAUACAUCUGCUCUUGACUUUACCUUGAAACUGUUACAUUUGCAGUAUUUAGCCAGGAAAUGAAAGGCCACGGCAGACUUUUCCCAUUUGUAAGACGUACAAUUAAAAUACCUCUAAAUCAUCCCUUGCUUCUGGUAAUACUCCAUUAACUCAUCUGAUUGCACUUUUACCUGGCUCGAGUCACACUUCCUGUUUUUAAUCCAAGAGCACUUCUUGCGGAAAUGUAAAGGUCAAAGCGUAACCAUUCACGGUUUGUUAAAUGCAGAAGGUAUUAACUUGGGCAAUAAAGGCCAAAAGCUGUUUAAACCUUAAUAUGCAAAAGAUGAAUCUUGUUGCCAGGUAUCGCGCCCAGAGAUUUUGUAGAUUUUUGUGAUUUAUUUUUUAUGUUUGCACUCCAUUUUGCAUAUUUACAUGGAUUUUAUUAACAGAGUUCCUUUGACAGGGAAAGCUGUAAACUGUAAGGCCUCUUUCACACGAGCGUGUCCAGAUGCGUCCUGGUGCAUUGUGGCAAACCCGCACAAGUAGGUACGCAAUUGCAGUCAGUUUUGACUGCGAUUGCGUUCCGAUGUUCAG